AUGCCAUCCGCCGAAUUAUACAAUUCUUCUCUAAAAGGUGUUCGGGUUGUGGGAGAAAUCUCGGACAAGGCCGAGAAGGCACCCUCAACUCCCCGCGAUAUUCUCACGCAGGGAGCACUAAAAUUCAUUGUGUUCUUGCACAGGACUUUUAACGAAAGAAGAGAAAAGCUUUUGGAGCACCGUCAGGUUGUUCAGAAAGAAUUGGAUGAUGGAGGACAUUUGCACUUCUUGGAAGAGACCAAGUACAUCAGAGAUGAUCCAAACUGGAAGUGUCUUCCAACACAUCCCAAGCUUCAGUGUCGUAAGGUUGAGAUCACGGGACCUCCAGAUGCCAAGAUGGUUGUGAAUGCCUUCAACACCGAUGUGCAAACAUACAUGACAGACUUUGAGGAUUCAUGCUCUCCAACCUGGCACAACAUGAUUUACGGGCAGGUGAACUUGUACGAUGCCAUCAGGGACAAAAUCGACUUCACGAACCCGAAAACGGGCAAGAGAUACAAGAUCCAUCACGAGGGAAGACGUGUUCCAGUUCUGAUUGUGCGUCCGAGAGGCUGGCACAUGGUUGAUAGCCAUAUUCUGAUCGAUGAUGAGCCGAUUUCGGCUUCCAUCAUGGACUUCGGCCUUUUCUUUUACCACAAUGCCAAGUAUUUGAUCUCGCAGGGCUUGGGACCAUUCUUCUAUCUUCCAAAGAUGGAGCAUUGGCAGGAAGCCAAGCUAUGGGACGACAUUUUCUCUGUUUCAGAGGACUGCCUCGAAAUUCCAAGGGGUUCCAUCAAGGCCACAGUGUUGAUCGAGACCUUGCCUAUCUCGUAUCAGCUUGAUGAGGUGUUGUAUGCACUCAGAGAGCACUCUUCAGGUUUGAACUGCGGCCGUUGGGAUUACAUGUUUUCCACAAUCAAGCGGUUGAGAAACCAAAAGGAGCACAUUCUUCCGGACAGAAACCAGGUCACGAUGACGGUCCCAUUCAUGACAAACUAUGUGAAGCAGUUGAUCAAGGUGUGCCACAAGAGAGGAGUUCAUGCAAUGGGUGGAAUGGCAGCAUUCAUUCCAAGAAAGGACGAUCCUGUGAAAAACAAGGAGGCACUCGAUGCUGUUGGAAGAGAUAAGCUUAGGGAGGUGUUGGCUGGACACGAUGGAACCUGGAUUGCACAUCCUGGCCUUUUGCAAACUGCAAGAUCUGUUUUUGAGAAGCACAUGCCGACACCGAACCAAGUUUACGUGCAGAAACCUGACACUAGUGUGAGCGAGGCCGAUUUGGUUGAUACAAACAUCAUCGGUGGAAAAAUCACCAGAAAGGGUGUUGAUGCCAACAUCUACAUCGGCUUGAACUAUAUGGAAUCCUGGUUGAGAGGCUUUGGCUGUGUUCCAAUCAACCACAUGAUGGAAGAUGCUGCUACGGCCGAAGUUUCACGUUUGCAGCUCUAUUCCUGGUCUCAUCAGAAGGUCAGACUCGAGGACACGGGGGAAACCUGUACACCAGAGUUGGUGAUCGAGCUCAUUGACCAAGAGGCAAAGAAACUUGCAACUGCUGAUGGAAACAAGUUUGCUGAGGCCGCCAAGGCUUUAACCGAUGAAAUCGGUAACAAGAAGCCACUUUCGGAGUUCUUGACCCAGAUCUUGUAUCCGCAGAUCACGACGGUUGGAAAGUCGAUCGACCUCUCCAGCUUGAAGCCAUGA